CAGUAACUUUGAGUUUCAACAUCCAAUAGAAGAAUAAACAUAAAAGCAUAACCUGUAUUGAAUUAGUUGAAUGAUUUUUCCACUUUACACUUUUAUAAAAAGCCACUUUGCUUUGUUCCUUAAUCCUAAGAACAUAGUAGUGAGUGUUGUAAAAAAAUCAUGGCACCUUCUCAUACCUUUCCUCUUCGUUGGGAAAGCACAGGACACCAAUGGUGGUAUGCAUCACCUAUUGACUUAGCAGCUGCAAAUGGUCUCUAUGAUUUAGUCACUGAGCUUCUCCAUCUUGACACAAAUCUUCUCAUCAAACUCACUUCUCUUCGUCGAAUUCGACGCCUCGAAACCGUCUGGGACGAUGAAGCUCAGUUUGAACAUGUUUCCAAGUGCAGGUCUCAUGUUGCAAAGAAGCUUUUUGUUGAGUGUGAAACAGAAAAUGGAAAAGGAAAAAAUUCUCUUAUUACUUCUGGUUAUGGUGGAUGGCUUUUGUACACAGCUGCUUCUUCUGGUGAUGUUGAAUUUGUUGAUGAAUUGUUGAGAAGAGAUCCUUUUUUGGUUUUUGGUGAAGGAGAGUAUGGUGUUACUGAUAUGUUUUAUGCUGCAGCUAGGAGUAAGAAUUGUGAGGUAUUCAAUCUUGUUCUUCAUUUUGCUCUCUUGAGAAAAGAUUGUGCUAUUGAAUUGGAUGAAGUUGGUGGAGUUUUCAAGAGGGAGAUAUUGAAUAGAGCUAUUCAUGCUGCUGCUAGAGGAGGGAAUUGGGAAAUACUGAAGAAGAAGCUACUUUUAGGAAGUGAUUCUCAGAUUUUGUCUUAUAGAGAUGCUCAUGGAUGCACUGUCUUGCAUUCAGCAGCUGGAAGAGGCCAGGUUGAGGUGGUAAGAAAUCUAAUUGAUCAAUCACCUGAUAUUAUAAACUCUACUGAUUCUCAAGGCAAUACAGCAUUACAUGUGGCUUGUUACAGAGGUCACUUUCCUGUGGUAGAGCUUCUGAUUGAAGCAUCUCCUUCAUUAACAAUGUUAACCAAUCACAAUGGAGACACUUUUCUUCAUAUGGCAGUGUAUGGUUUCAAAAGCCCUGGUUUCUGCAGACUCGACAAGCACGCCGAGCUCAUGAAACAGUUAUUACUAACCGAAAAGAUCACGAACAUGAAAGACAUAAUCAAUGUUAAGAACAAUGCUGGUAGAACACCUCUUCAUGUAGCUGUCAUUCAUGAUGUCAAAUGUGAUGUAGUGGAAUCACUUAUGUCAGUUCGAUCGAUCGAUUUAAAUGUCCGCGACACUGAUGGAAUGACUCCUUUGGAUUAUUUGAAACAACGACCGAUAUCAGGAACUUCUGAAUUUUUAAUCAAGCAGUUGAUUUCAGCUGGUGGAAUAUCUAAUUGUGAAGAUUGUGUGACAAGAAAUGCAAUUGUGAAUCAUAUGAAAACUCAUCAUGGUGUUAUUGGAAAUAGUCCUGGAACUUCAUUUAGUAUAUCAGAUGCUGAGAUAUUAUUGUACACAUGCAUUGAGAAUUCAUCUGAUAGAAUUGUCAAUAAUGAUCAAGCAAGUUUAGAAACAGAAUCAAAUUCAUUUUCAAUUGAAGUAGACAAUGAUUCAAGUUCCUCAUGUAACAGCAAGACUACUAGUUCUGUUAAUUCGGCUGCGAAACGGUUAAAGAAUCUUCUCAAGUUCCAUAGGAAAAGAGAGACAAAAGCAUCAGCCUCAGAAUUUGAAGAUGAUGAUAAUAUUUCUGUUGAUUCUAUAAGUUCAAGGAAAAAUUUGGAAGAUUUUCCAAUGACAUUAAGGCAAAGAUACUCAAUAAAUCAGUGUUCACUUCCAAACAACAAAAGAACAUUAUCUAUAAGAACUUUAUCACUUCCAAAUCCAACUGCUAAAAAAAAUUUCACUGCAGGACUAAUGCAAGGUGUAAUUAAGGUAAAGCCAAAAUUGGAUAAUUUAUCUGAUUCUUCAAACAAUAAGGAAAAACAUGUUGAUACAAUUGGACCCUCUUGCUCCAAUGGUACCUUAGAGUUGAAAUAUAAUAAGCAGAGAACAUUCAAUAAGAAAUUGAUGAACAGGUAUUUUUCUUUUGGAGCACAAGGGCAGGCUUUGGAAGAUGCAAACAGUUGCACACUGUCAAAACAUAGUUCUAAAGUGUUUUAGUAAUUUAGUUAAAAUAAAUGUUAUUAUAUGUGUAUAUGAGCCUGCUAUUAUGUAAGAUUAAUAAGCCAAGGCAAAACACUUUAUCAAUGUUUUUUAUUUUAUUUUACUGAGAAGUACUUCGUAAAAUGUAAAGUGGGCCCUAAGAGGGUCUCAAUGUUAGUGAUUCAGUGUAUAACAUAAAUUCAUAGUACCAUAAGCUUUGUUAGUUUGUUACUUACAGUUUGAUUAAAAAAAAAAAUAGUGACUUACAGCUA